CGGGCCCAGGCAGGCAGAGCCUCUGAGAGCGAGGCCACGGAGCCAGGCACCUGCGGGCCAGGCCGUAAGCAGGAGGAGGUUCCUGAAGCAUGGUGGGGCACGGGGCAUCCUGGGGUCCCCGCUGGCCUUGAUGGCCCUGCCCAUCCCUGCCAGUCAGCAGUGGGGUCCCCCGGGCAAGGACCCCACGCUGCCUCUGCCCCCCUUGGCCGAGUGGUGUUGCGGGAGGACCCAGCUGUGUGCCUCAGUCUCCCCUGCCAGGCCUGGGCUGAAAACACAGUAGGUGAGUUAGCACAAUUACUCCUCACACAUCCCAAGGAGGUGGGCAGGAAACCCAAGGCCAGAGGGGCUCUAGUGAGCCGAUGGGAAGGGGCCGCACAGUGUCCCAGGCAGUGGUGGAGCGCCAGCCCCCGGCGAGGAGAGCAGGCAGGGGCCAGAGCCCGGAAUCCAGGGCCGCAGGGCCGCACCCCUUCAAAGACCCUGGGGGGCUCCUUCCCACCUCUUCCGGAGCUGGUCCCGGGGUCCUGGGCCUGUGGUCGUGUCCUCAGCCUCUGCUCGCCUCGUCACAUGGCCUCCCCUGGGUCCCUUGUGUCCCUCAGCAGGCCCCCGGUUGGGCUGGGUCACGGCCUCUGCCAGGACGAUCACAGCGUCACUUAGUGACAUCCGCAAAGACCCCGUCUCCAAAUGGGGUCACAUCUGGGGUCCCAGGUGGACGUAGGUUUUGGGGGACACCGUUCAACCCAGCACAGGCAGGGAGGCCACGUGUGGACGGGCAGGGUCUUGCUGAUGUCGUCGUCCUCCACUCUGGCUGCUGCCCACCUGCCCCUCGAGUCCCGGCACAGCCCCCCGCAUCCCGGGACGCUCUCGCCGCCAGGCCUGGCCUGGGCGCUGCUCCGCUCCCAGCCAGUGCCCAUCCCCGUGACGCGGGUCCUGGCGGAGCCGCCCUGCCCCUCUGCCCUGCAGCCCCCGACUGCGCCUGCGUGGGUCGGGGUGGUGCCCCUCACUCCUCACGCCUCCGAUGUGUCUCCUCAGACGAGCUGGAGCCCGCGCUGCAGGACGGGCGGAGGGCCGUGCGGGCCCGGAGCGGCCUCCCCGAGGGCCUGUGCUGGGGCCCGUUCCGUGGGAGCCUCCAGAGCAGAGCCUCAUCCCCCGAGCAGGCAGAACCGAGCCCGGCCCUGACCCUGCUGCUGGAGGACGAGGCCUGCUGGCUGCGGACGCUGCCCCAGGCCUUGACGGAGGCCGAAGCCAACUCAGUGGUCUACAGGAAGGAUGAUGCCCUCUGGUGCAGGACCACCAAGCCGGUGCCCGCGGGGGGCCUGCUGAGCGUGCUCCUCACAGCCAAGCCCCCCAGCACCCCCAGCCAGCCCGGACAGAGCAAGCCCGGGGGGCCUGUGUGCCCAGCACCUGCCGACAUCCAGCUCCUGCCCCAGCAGGCGGGCAUGGCAGCCAUCCUCGCCACGGCCAUCGUCAACAAGGACGUCUUCCCCUGCGAGGACUGCGGCAUCUGGUACCGCAGCGAGCGGAACCUGCGGGCCCACCUCGUCUACUACUGCGCCAGCCGCCAGAGCGCCAGCGCACCCGCCGCAGCAGCCGCGGGCGAGAAGCCAAAGGAGACCCACCCCAACGAGCGCGUCUGCCCCUUCCCGCAGUGCCGCAAGAGCUGCCCCAGUGCCAGCUCCCUGGAAAUCCACAUGCGGAGCCACAGUGGAGAGCGCCCUUUUGUGUGCCUCAUCUGCCUGUCCGCCUUCACCACCAAGGCCAACUGUGAGCGGCACCUGAAGGUGCACACGGACACCCUGAGCGGUGUCUGCCACAGCUGUGGCUUUGUCUCCACCACGAGGGACAUCCUCUACAGCCACCUGGUGACCAACCACAUGAUCUGCCAGCCGGGCUCCAAGGGCGAGAUCUACUCCACAGGGGCCGGACACCCAGGUGCCAAGCCCCAUCCAGACACCCUCGCCAGCUUCCAGCAGCUCGCGGCCCUGCACGGCCCCCUGGCCUCCACAGACCCAGCAACUACGCCACCCCUGGGGCUGGACAGGAAGCCCCCAGCCGAGGCCACCAAUGGCGAAGCCAGAGUGGCCCCCCAGAACGGUGGCAGCAGCGAGCCCCCCGCGGCCAUGAAGGUGGAGGCCGCCGCGGAGACAGGGGAGGCGGAGGCCGGGGUCCCCGGGGAGGCGAGCCCCGGGCGCCGGGCCCCCUCGCGCUCGCGCUCGCCAUCGCCCCGCAGCCCGGCGCCCGCGCGCGUCAAGGCCGAGCUGCUGAGCCCCCCGGCGGGCGCCAGCCCCGGGCCCGGCCCGCUCUUCCUGCCGCAGCUGGCCUUCGGGCCCGACGCGGCCGCCGCGCUGCCGCAGGCCUCGGAGAUCCUGGCCAAGAUGUCGGAGCUGGUGCACAGCCGGCUGCGGCAGGGCGCGGGGGCCGCGGCGGGGGUGCCGGCGGGCGCCACGUGCUUCGAGUGCGCGAUCACCUUCAGCAACGUCAACAACUUCUACGUGCACAAGCGCCUCUACUGCUCCGGCCGCCGCGCGCCGACGACGCGCCCCCCGCGCACCGGCACCGCGCGCCCGCCGCCCAGCCCCGGGCCCCGCGACGACGAGCCGCGCGCCGCCACCCCCCGAGCCCGACGCGGGCCGCCCAGCGAGGGCAGCCCGAGCCCCGGCAGCUCGCUCGACGACGCGGAGGACGACCCCAGCAAGACGCUCUGCGAGGCCUGCAACAUCCGCUUCAGCCGCCACGAGACGUACUCGGUGCACAAGCGCUACUACUGCGCCUCGCGCCACGACCCGCCGCCGCGCCGGCCCACGCCCGCCCCGCCCGCCGCGCCCGUGCGCACGCGCAGACGCCGCCGGCUCUACGAGCUGCACGCGGCCGGCCCCGCCCCCCCGCCGCCGGGCCCCGAGCCGCCCGCCUCGCCCCGCCCCGGAAGCGGAAGCGGCGCCACGCCCUCGCCGGGCCCCGACGCCGCCGCGGCCGAGGGCCCCAUCGACCUGAGCAAGAAGCCGCGGCGCCAGGGCCCCGAGGGCGCGCCCGCUGGCCCCGCGCCCGGCCUGGCCGCCCUGGCCGACUACCACGAGUGCACCGCCUGCCGCGUCAGCUUCCACAGCCUCGACGCCUACCUGGCGCACAAGAAGUACUCGUGCUCCGCCACAGCGCUGCGGCCCGGCGCGCCGGCCGCCGCCUCGUGUGCCCCCUACUGCCCCCCGAACGGCCUGGUCCGCGGCGACCUCCUCGAGCACUUCCGCCUGGCGCACGGCCUGCUGCUGGGCCAGCCCCUGGCGGGCCCCGGGGCGCCCGAGGCCCGGACGCCGGCCGACCGCCCGCCGCCCGCCGCGCCCUGCGCCUCCCCCGCAGCCCGCAGCCCGCGCCCCCCGGGACAGCCUCAACGGCCAGGAGCCGGAGGAGCCGGGCCCGGCCCGGCGGCAGCCCCCAGUCCCCCGCCGCCGCCCCGGCCCGCAGCCCCUCGCCCGGGCCCGCCGCCCCGCCGCCCCCGCCGACGCCGCCGUUCCUGCUCCGACAGGGGCGUGCAGACCCCCAGCAAGUGCGCGCCGGGCGCCGUGCCCAACGGCAACCCCAGGUACUGUCGCCUGUGCAACAUCAGGUUCAGCAGCCUGUCCACCUUCAUCGCCCACAAGAAGUAUUACUGCUCCUCGCACGCCGCGGAGCACGUGAAGUGAGCCGGCGCCGGCGCUGCAGCCUGGAGGCCGCUUCCCGCGCCCGGCGCCCUGCUCCCGGGAACCUUUCCAGGCACAGCCCCGCGUUGGGGAACCGCAGGGGCAGCGCCCACCUGGACCCUUGGCACUUAAUAAAGAA